AUGAGUCACAAGAUUAGCAUUGGUGAUAGUCAACCUGAUGAUUUCUGCAAAACUUCAGCUCGUGGUGUGAGGCUCAUUCGGCCUGCCGCUCUUGGAGUGCUUUCAGGAUUGGUGGUGUUGGUCCUGCUGCAAUCAAAAACACAGGACGCUGGGCAUCGUGUGGCACAAAAGGCAAACGGAAAGAAUGUGGGUGCGGUCACGGAACCACAAUCUGGCCUACUUGCAGUGGACGCAGACGAAGAACGUCGCGUGCUGGAGGUGGUGAAGAAGAGGGCAGGAGUGUACAAAGACAAGGGUUCACACCAGGAGUUUGCCGAAGUUGUUCUAAUCACCGCUGCGAACUACGCAUAUUUUUCCAUUUAUAACAACUGGCGCUGCAACGCUGAAAAGCAUGGUUUGGAUUGGGCCGUCAUAGCCAAUGACGAGAAAGCAUUUGAAGAGCUGGGGCCUGACCAGGGCAUGCUGGCCAUCGGAGAGAAAGUGAGUGGAAUGAAUGGCUGGGGUAGUGCAAAGCUAGACAGUGUUGGGAGGAACAAAAUGUUCAUGGUGCUGACCAUCAUGAGGAUUUCUGGCUUUGGGGUCGUGUUCACUGAUGCUGACAACAUGUUUCGUGGUGAUCCCUUUGCACAAGGUGUGCAUUUGGGAGACUUGAUCCGGAGCGGCAAGUAUGACUACAUCUACCAAGAGGAGCUGUCGAAAGCUCCUGACAAAGGUCAUGUUGUACCCGGCGACGGUGGCAACACAGGCUUCUUCUAUGCGACGCCGCGCAACAACAAGAAGAUGAUCUCCUUGUUUGCUGACGUUGUGGCGGAGGUUGACCGCCAGCGAGAGGAUGCUUUCCGACGCUAUGGAGAGCGAUUGGGUGCAGAUCAACCCAUCUUCUGGCAGGUCAUGCAGAAGCUGCGGAGUACAGGCGGAAAAGUUGGGCCGGGCAACUUCAAAUGCGUCCAGCUCUGUGGCAAUAGAGCCACGUGUGAUGCAUCAGAAGAAGACACCAUGAAGCUGGGGCACUCAGAUUGUGUCGUUUUUCUUGGACUGAGAGCGGGUGUUUGGGACGCAUGGUCUUCGAAAACCAACCUGUGCAAAGAUCGUGGGUCCUCUGACGUCCCUGCCACAGUCGUGACUGAUGCUGGCCCUGCAUCAAAAGAGAUGGAACCCGUGCUGCGUUGCCUCCGACAGACAACCCCCAACUUGAAGACAUUGAUCUACCCAACCGAUGCAGAAACGCACUUCGAGGAGCUUCGACAGGUGCUCAGUCCAUGGUUUGAUUACGCUGCAAAGAAGUUCAUGGCUGACAUGAAGAAUCCAUACCAUUGUGGAGAAGGCUAUUGCGGCCCGUGGAUCGAAAACCGCUGGAUUAAACGCUUCCUUGGAGGCUGGGAGAAUCGCAGCUCCCAAGUUCGCUUAGCCGACAUCUUUGGGCCCUUCAUUCCCAUCUUCAUGACCUAUGUCGAUUUGUGGGUUGCCAAUGUUUUCGAAUAUGUUCCUAAGCGUUGCGACAUUUCGAUGAUUGCGAGGCCCAAUGUUGCCUACAUCACGGUUGUGCAGCAUGAUACCGGCCUGGUGUCAAGCCGAGAGAAAAUCAUCAAGAUCAUGAAGGAGAUUCCAAACGUCCUUGUGUUAAGCGCUGGUGGAUAUGGGCACGUGCCUAUCCCGCUCUUCAAGCAACCCGAGGAUUUGCUGGGGAAGCGCUUUUUCAAGGAGAUGAGUCAGCGAAGCCUGCUGACAUCCUACAUGGGCUCCGACCACAAUGCACCGCAGGAGAUGAGAAAGAAAAUGAUCAAGGUGGUCAAUGAUGAGGCCAAGACGCUUGGAGUCAAGGUUCAUACUGGCUUCGGCAGUGCAGACGAGUGGCACAAGGUGGCAGGCAAUUCCAAGGUGAGCCUUUGUCCCCGUGGCUACGGCCGAACUGCCUUUCACCUUUUCGAAAUUUUGCAGCUGGGGCUGAUUCCUGUGCACGUGUAUUUGGAUAUUCCCUGGGUGCCGUAUGCAGAUCUCUACAGCUCCAUCGGCUUUAGCACAGACGUCCAGGGUUUGCCAGCUCUCAUGAAGCAGAUCAAUGAUAUGGAUCCCAAAGAUUUGGAACGCAUGGAGGACAAGAUCCGUUCACUGAGGUCCAGCCAUUUUACAGAUGAAGGCUUGCUUGACCAGAUUUCGCUUUUUAUGAAGGGCGGAAGUGAUUUGAGAUGCCAGAAAGUGCCUGCAACGAUGAACGGAUGA